CAUUAAAGAAAUGAUGAGUUCAUCAUCAUCUUCCUCAAUCCUUACAUUUUUCUCUGUCAUUUUAAUUUUGUCGCCAUGGGUGUCUACUUGUUGUUUUGCUGAAUGGAUCUUUCUCCAAUGUCUAUCCAGCAACGGGCAGCCAAAUUUCCCCAUCUCUGAAGCCAUCUUCACCCCCAACAAUUCUUCGUUCUUACCAACUCUCAAUUUCUACAUCAGAAACCCUCGAUUUCAAAACCCCCAAACCCCAAAGCCACUUGCCAUUAUCGCGGCGAAACACGAAUCUCAUGUCCAAGCAACUAUUAUUUGUGCCAAACGCGUUGGUCUACACAUCAGAAUCCGCAGCGGCGGCCAUGAUUACGAAGGCCUCUCSUACAUCUCCCAACAGCCAUUCAUCGUCCUCGACCUAUUCAAUCUACGAGCCAUUAAUGUUAAUAUCGCAGACCAAAGCGCUUGGGUUCAAGCAGGGGCCACCAUGGGGGAACUUUACUACGCUAUUGCUAAGAGGAGCGGAGUCCACGCCUUCCCUGGAGGUGUUUGCCCGACGAUGGGCGCUGGUGGACAUAUUUCAGGAGGCGGGUAUGGCAAUUUAAUGAGAAAAUUUGGGCUCUCCGUGGACAACAUUGUGGAUGCACAAAUUGUAAAUGUACAUGGUCAUAUUCUAAACCGAAAACAAAUGGGAGAGGAUUUGUUCUGGGCCAUUAGAGGAGGGGGAGGAGGGAGCUUUGGAGUCAUUCUCUCAUGGAAGAUAAAGCUAGUUCCAGUCCCUUCAAUAGUUACAGUGUUUAAUGUUGGCAGAACCAUAGAAGAAGGAGCAGCGGAUGUCGUUUGGCAAUGGCUGCAAGUUGCAGACAAGCUGGAUGAGAAUUUGUUCAUAAGACUAAUGCUACGCGCUUCCAAAGGGAAGAAUAAGGGSGAGAUGACAGGGAAGGCGUCAUUGGUGGGUUUGUAUCUUGGGCCAGCGGAGAAACUUUUGGGGAUUGUGAAUCAGAACAUAUCCAGUUUGAGACUGCAGAAACAGGAGUGUAGUGAAAUUAGUWGGAUUCAAUCUGUUCUGUUUUGGUUUAAUUUCCCAAAUGGGAYGGCCCCAGAGGCCUUACUAAGCAGGGAAAUCCCAUCUUUGCCCUUUCUCAAACGRAAAUCGGACUACGUGAGAGAACCCAUUUCGAGAGAAGGGAUAGAAGCAAUCUGGAAGGCGGUUAUUGAAAUUAAGGAAGUGGGUCUCGUUUGGAACCCUUAUGGAGGGAGGAUGAGCCAGAUUUCAGAGGCAGCGACGCCAUUUCCACACAGAGYAGGAGUAAAAUUCAAACUCCAGUACUCUGCGAACUGGAAGGAAGGGGGCGAUGAAGUGGCUGAGGAGAAUAUUGCAUUGGUGAGACGAUUGUACGAAGUGAUGACGCCUUAUGUGUCGAAGAAUCCGAGAGAGGCGUUCUUGAAUUACAGGGAUAUCGACGUGGGGAGCACCGCCCRUUGGAGCAUGGAGGAAGGUAGGGUUUACGGGGCGAAGUAUUUUAAGGGGAAUUUUGAGAGAUUGGUGAGCGUGAAGACGAAGGUUGAUCCUGAAAAUUUCUUCAGAAAUGAACAGAGUAUCCCUACUCGUUGAUGUUGUGAGUGAAUUGAUACGAACGUCUAAUAAUA